AUGGCUCAGAUUCCCUAUGGCUACCCCUGCGGUUUCUCCCUCAACGCCGCCCGCCGUACCCUCCUCCUCCACGGCCAUCCGAUCACGGACACGACCCACUUCACCGUCAGGCUCAUACUCUCCGGCGUCUGCCGCUACACCGUCCUCGACCUGCCCAACCCGGCCCGACCCGAGAUCAACUACCCCCUCCCCUGGCUCCAGCACCACAUCCCGGUCACCAACCUCUUCCGAUCCGACUCGGCCCGCCGCGCCAUUCGGGCUCUUCUCCAGGCCCAGUGGCCCUACAUCUCGCGCGGCGGCUGCCAGUUCCUGGCGAAGACGGUCCUCGCGGGGGCCCGGGAAGCCGUCACGCACGUGGGCCCGGAGGAGGCCCUGGCCCACGGCCGGCUCGAGGUGGAAUUCCAAGUGACGGCGGACUACUAUAGGUGUGCCGCGCACGAUUAUGCCGGUGACGAUGAAUACGAUGAUCUAUAUGAUGAUGUCAUCGACCGGUCGAUGGAGGAGCACGAGGUUCGUAUGGUCCCGACUGACGAGACGUGUAUACGAGACGUGAUGGUUGUGGGGAAGAGGGCGUGGAGAGCCCGGGACGAUGGUUCGACUGGCGGCUCGUGUGUGAUUUGCAUGGACGAGUUCGAGAAGGGGUGCGACGUGGUCGGAAUGCCGUGCGGGCACGAUUUUCACGAUGGGUGUGUCGAGAAGUGGCUUCGGACGAGCCAUUAUUGUCCGGUGUGCCGUUAUGAGUUGCCGACGAACUAUUAG